CUCAGCCCCCGGUGCGGCGGAGCAGUCGCGGCCGCCCCGUCCUGAGGGCACCGGCGCCGCCCGCCUCCGCCAGGCAGCGCAGCUCCCGCGUCCGGUUCCAGCUCGCCGUUCGUCUGCCGCUCCGCGCCCUUCUCUCUCUCUCUGUCUCCCGGGCGAUCUCGGCGGGGCCGCGAUGGAAGAGGAGCGGGCGGGCGAGCAGAUGAGACCGUUGCUCACCACGGGUCAUGAUGAAGAAGCUGUUGUGGAUAUGGGCAAAAUCAGCUCUACUAUCAAUACAAAUUUUGAGAAAGAAGAACUAGAGAGCCACAGAGCUGUGUAUAUUGGAGUUCACGUCCCACUUGGCAAGCCAGGUCGUCGACGGCAUAGACAUCGUGGGCACAAGCACCACAGAAGAAAAAAAGACAAAGAAACUGAUAGAGAGGAUGGCAGAGAGUCUCCAUCAUACGACACGCCAUCCCAACGAGUGCAGUUUAUCUUGGGUACUGAAGAUGAUGAUGAACACAUUCCUCAUGAUCUCUUCACUGAGAUGGAUGAACUUUGCUUCAGGGAUGGAGAAGAAUAUGAAUGGAGAGAAACUGCUAGGUGGCUGAAGUUUGAAGAGGAUGUUGAAGAUGGCGGUGAUCGAUGGAGCAAGCCUUAUGUAGCAACUCUGUCUCUGCACAGUCUCUUUGAACUGCGGAGCUUUAUUCUUAAUGGGACGGUCAUGUUGGACAUGAGAGCAAACACACUUGAUGAGAUAGCAGAUAUGGUUUUGGACAGCAUGAUUGCCUCUGGCCAGCUGGAUGAAUCCAUGAGAGAGAAAGUGAGAGAGGCUCUUCUAAAGAGGCAUCAUCAUCAGAACGAGAAGAAAUUCAGCAGUCGGAUUCCUCUAGUUCGGUCUUUCGCAGAUAUAGGCAAGAAACAUUCUGACCCUCACUUGCUUGAACGAAAUGGGGAAGGCCUUUCAGCCUCCCGCCACUCUUUGCGAACAGGUCUCUCUGCUUCAAAUCUUUCCCUGAGAGGAGACAGCCGUUUGUCGGUUCUUCUCAGUAACCUUCUUCCUUCUUCAAGAGCUGGGACCCCGGCAGCCUCAAGGUGUACAACCCCUGUAACCACCCCUCAAAACACACCACCCUCCAGCCCUACCUGCCGCCCAACCACACGUGCCCAGCCAAGCCCACCUCAGGGCAAGGAAUUGCUGGUGUCACCUGCCAGUGAUGAUAUUCCUUCAGUAGUAAUCCACCCACCUGAGGAGGACUUAGAAGUGCAGGAAAGCCAGGAAAAGAAGACAGAGGAAAAUAUUGGCAAAACACCAGGUCUGUUGGCAUCUCCACAGUCAGCACCUGGAAAUUUGGACACUGGGAAAAGUGGAGAUGUUAAAGGUACUGGGACAGGAGGAAGCAGAGAAAACAGCACUGUUGAUUUUAGUAAGGAGUCAGCCUCCUGGCACUGUAGUUGUGGCACACUUGGUGUGGGACUCAAGAGGCCAUCUGUUGAUAUGAACUUCAUGAGGAAAAUUCCUUCAGGAGCAGAAGCAUCAAAUGUAUUAGUGGGAGAAGUAGAUUUUUUAGAAAGACCUAUUAUUGCUUUUGUGAGGCUCUCCCCUGCUGUGCUUCUCUCGGGUCUCACAGAGGUUCCGGUUCCUACACGGUUUUUGUUUUUGUUGCUGGGACCAGCAGGAAAAGCUCCACAGUACCAUGAAAUUGGGCGAUCAAUAGCAACACUUAUGACAGAUGAUGUUUUCCAUGAUGUUGCCUAUAAAGCAAAAGACCGAAAUGACUUGUUGUCAGGAAUUGAUGAGUUUUUAGAUCAAGUGACAGUCCUGCCUCCAGGAGAGUGGGAUCCAUCUAUACGAAUUGAGCCACCAAAAAGCGUUCCUUCCCAGGAUAAAAGGAAGGCACCUAAAUUUCCAAAUGGAUCUACUCCUACAGGAGAGGGUCUUAAAGAAGAAGGCCAUCAUGCUGGACCUGAACUUCAGAGAACUGGAAGGCUUUUUGGUGGUUUGAUACUUGACAUCAAAAGGAAAGCACCUUUUUUCUUGAGUGACUUCAAGGAUGCAUUAAGCCUGCAGUGCCUGGCCUCGAUUCUUUUCCUAUACUGUGCCUGUAUGUCUCCUGUAAUCACUUUUGGAGGGCUCCUGGGAGAAGCUACACAAGGCAGAAUAAGUGCAAUAGAGUCUCUCUUUGGAGCCUCAUUAACUGGGAUUGCCUAUUCUCUCUUUGCUGGGCAACCUCUUACUAUCUUGGGAAGCACAGGACCAGUUCUAGUAUUUGAAAAAAUAUUAUUCAAAUUUUGCAGGGAUUAUGGUCUUUCCUACCUCUCCCUGCGAACUAGCAUUGGUCUGUGGACUGCAUUUCUAUGCAUUGUGCUUGUAGCCACAGAUGCUAGCAGCCUUGUGUGCUACAUCACUCGAUUUACUGAGGAAGCUUUUGCAGCGCUCAUAUGCAUCAUUUUUAUUUAUGAGGCAUUGGAAAAGCUUGUUGAUUUGGGAGAAGUGUAUCCUUUCAAUAUGCACAAUGAUUUGAAUAAACUGACUUCAUAUUCAUGUGUGUGUUCUAAGCCUGAGAAACCAAGCAAUGAAACAUUGCGUUUGUGGAGGAGUAUGAAUAAGUCUGGUGAAGAUAUAGCAUGGAGUAAUCUUACAGUUUCUGAAUGUUUAGAAUAUCAUGGUGUGUUUCGUGGAUCAGCUUGUGGCCAUCAUGGACCAUACAUUCCAGAUGUUCUCUUCUGGUCUGUCAUACUAUUUUUUGCAACAUUUUUCCUCUCCUCUUUCCUUAAGAAAUUCAAGACCAAACGCUAUUUCCCAACUAAGGUCCGUUCCACCAUCAGUGACUUCGCAGUAUUUCUGACCAUAGUAAUCAUGGUUUUGAUUGACUAUUUUGUAGGAGUACCUUCUCCUAAGCUUCAGGUUCCAGAGAAGUUUGAACCCACCCGUAAAGACCGAGGAUGGUUCAUUGAUCCUCUUGGAAGCAAUCCUUGGUGGACACUCUUGAUUGCUGCUCUUCCUGCUUUACUCUGCACCAUUCUUAUUUUCAUGGAUCAACAAAUAACAGCUGUUAUUAUAAACAGGAAAGAACAUAAACUGAAGAAAGGCUGUGGUUAUCAUCUUGAUCUGCUCAUGGUUGGUAUUAUGUUGGGAAUAUGUUCUAUCAUGGGCUUACCGUGGUAUGUUGCUGCAACUGUCCUGUCUAUAAGUCAUGUUAACAGCCUGAAAGUUGAAUCUGAAUGCUCAGCACCAGGAGAACAACCAAAGUUUUUGGGAAUCCGGGAGCAGCGAGUGACAGGAUUGAUGAUUUUUGUGCUGAUGGGGAUGUCAGUGUCCAUGACUUCUGUGUUAAAGUUUAUUCCAAUGCCAGUUUUGUAUGGAGUCUUUCUUUACAUGGGAGUAUCUUCAUUAAAAGGCAUUCAGUUUUUUGACCGUAUAAAACUGUUUGGAAUGCCUGCCAAACAUCAGCCUGACCUGAUUUACCUACGUUAUGUGCCACUCUGGAAGGUCCAUAUCUUUACAGUUGUUCAGCUUACUUGUCUAGUUCUGUUGUGGGUGAUCAAAGCCUCUGCAGCUGCUGUUGUUUUCCCUAUGAUGGUUCUAGCAUUAGUGUUCAUUCGCAAGCUCAUGGAUUUAUGUUUCACCAAAAAAGAGCUUAGCUGGCUUGAUGAUCUUAUGCCAGAAAGUAAAAAGAAGAGAGAUGAUGAUGAAAAGAUAAAAGAGAAAGAAGAAGCAGAGAGAAUGUUUUCAGAAAGUGACAGUGUACACCUUGCAUAUGGAGAAGCAAACCUGGAUUUUCCUGUAAAAACCCUGAAAUACAGCAUUGAUCCCUCAGUUGUAAACAUAUCAGACGAAAUGGCCAAAACUGCACAGUGGAAGGCUCUUGCCAUGAGUACUGAGAAUGCCAAAGUAACCAGAGCUAACUUGAGCCCUGAAAAACCAGAAAGUGUGAAAAUAGAAGUGGAAAAUUCACCUGUUGUGAGAUACGUGGAUGCUGAAACAUCUUUAUAGAAUGGAACCAAUGGGAAUUGCGUGUAUUUGUGUGUGUAUAUAUAUCACUGUAGGAUAUUAUACCAUGGAAGUGUGAUUUCCAGUUUAAGGAGCAACAUGUAUUUAAUUUCUGUCAUUGUUUAGGGCACUGUAGAUAUGCUUGCAUAAUGCGAAGAUUUUCCCAGCAAGUAAGAUGAAUGGUAAUCACACUUCAGCUAUUUAUUUUAUUUGGAAAUUUUAUUUUCAUUUUUAAAUAGGAAGACUGUAAUGAAUGCUUUUUAUUUUUCAAUAAUCAAUAUGUGCAUAUAAGUUACAUCAGCUUUUGCUGAUGAUUACUGGUCCACAUUGCUUAACAUUUUGCAAUACCUCUGUUUAUAAUGUGCGCUACAGAAGUUUUGUUUCCUGUGCAGGCAAUUAGUACUUGUUUUUUCAGGGUAUACUUUUUUUGUGGUUUCAUAGAACAAAUGUUCAUGUGCUGUUGACAAGAACUACUGUGUUUUAUGUCUCCACUCCAUGCUAGUGUUUUUUGGAUUCUGUCUCUCCUUCUGUACAGGAGUGGCUUAGAGCCUAAGUCAGGUAGUUAGUUAAGCCUUAAAAUGUAUCUAAAUACCCUGGUGUGCUGCUUUCUUUGUUGGUUUUUUUUUUAAUUCUUCUGAGUUUUCAUUAUUGUCCAGUAGCAGUAUGAGUGCAGUAAUGGUAGUUACAGUCCCAAGUCAGUAUUUGCCAUUCUGGACACUCCAUGUUUACACAAUAUAAAUUGGAUUUACAGGCAGCAAUUGGUCUAUAGGAAAUUAUAAGUACUUACCACAUCAGUACUAUUGAAUUCUUUUCUUCCUGUUUUUGCUUACCUUUUAACCCAUAGACUUUCAGUGUCUGAUUUAUUCAGCUUUAAGAUUUUAGAGUAUUUCAUAUCUUCAUCAAAUAUACUUCUUGAUUAAUAAAUUUUUAAAUUUACUGUGUAUUUGAUUAAGUUAGAUGUAGCUCAGUUCUGGAGUAGGUUUAUGAUCAGUAUUAUUUUAUGGAUUACUAAUUGUUCGUGGUAUUUGUAUGUACAGUUCUGAUCCUCUCCAUUGUAAAGGGCAUAUAUGGUAACACACCAACUUAUUUUUAAACACAUUAUUUAUUUUAAUUAGUAUAAAUUUCUAUCAUGUAAGAUGAAUUGAAAAAAUAAAUAUUCAUUUAUUAAAAUAAGUGGGAUUUUUUGGGGACUCCACUGAUAAAGGUGCAGUCAGUGCUUUUAUUGUACUUACAUUUUCAAGUUCUAGUGUUGAGCAUUAUAAUAUUUGAAAUAAUGAGAAUUUUAUAUAUAAAUGAAAAUCUUGAUCACUUACUGUGCAGUUUCCAUUCUUAAUAUUUUUUUGCCUUAUGCCUUAGCUUUUUUGGCUUUAAUUUCCAACAUUAUCUCUUUACAUUCUGAAUUGCCACUAGCCCUUUCUGGAUGCAUUACAAUGGCUUUAAUUAGAAUCUGUGCUCAUUUAAUACUAGAAGAUGCU